AUGAACCGGAGUGUAGGCAGGAAGAGAGGACAGCCAAACAGAGGAGGAGGACGGGCAAACAGAGCUGGAGGUCAAAGAGGCAGAGGACGAGGAGGUCCCCGAGGAAGUGUAGCUCCUAGGGGAGCUGGAGGCAGAGGAGGCUGGUCUUCUUCUAGGAAGGGAGGGCUUGAUCUGGAUGACUCUCUGGAUGGACCUGUGCUCAAUGACCCCUACUAUGACUCCCAUGAAGAGGAUCACAGGUCAUUUGGAACAAAAAGAGGGAGAGGUCAAGGGUCCUUUCCUAAAGUAAAAGUGGAGAUGCAGCAGUUAGACAUGACUAAAGAGAACCAGAUGAUGGUGAAGGAUACCUUAUUGUCACUCCAGUCUGGAGACAGAGAUGGAGAAUUCAGUUUUACAGAUCAAGGCAUGGACUAUGAAGAUGAUGGUGAAGAUGACGAUGGUGAUGAUGAUGAUGGUCCAGUACAUGAUGAGCUCGACCCAAAUGUAGAAAACCGCUACUGGAUCCCAGACCGGCGAUUGGUCAUUCAAGAUGCAGUUACAUUUAAUGCUUCUCUUAAUGACUCAAAAUCUGGUGCCCAGUCAAACAUCUUUGCCAUAAAAAAACUACAGAGAUGUGGCUUCAGCCAGGAUCUCUGCCAGGAAGCUCUGCAGAUCUGUGAAGGAGAUACAGGGGCAGCCCUGGAGUAUCUUCUCAAUGAACUCUUCAACAUAAACCUGACUGUUUCUGAGGACGAAGAUGUGGGUGGAGGUCAGGCAGAUGUAGAUCAGGAGAUUCUGGAAGCCAGGGAAGAGGAGAUGCUUGCCCUACAAUCCAUUUAUGACUGUGAUUUUGAGGAGUGUAUCCCCAACAAAAUUUGGCUGUUGAAUUUAAAGUUGCCUGAACUACAUCAGCUGCUUGACAGCAGAAGUCCAAUAAGGACAAGAGAAGAAAGUGGAGAAACGGCUGUGUCCCUUUUACCUUAA